AUGGCGGCUUCAUUCUCCUCAGGUGGAAACGAAAGCAGUCAGGAGAUUUUUCCAUCUAAUUCAUCAUACUAUUUGUCUCUGAGUGAGACACAUGCCCAGCUGCUAAGGAAUAGAAUAUUUCCUUUGCAUUCUGAUUCUGGAAUAUGUUCUCUGCUUCCAUCAGAUUCUUUUAAAUACCUCACUUGGCACAGGGUAGAACAACAUGACAUUCAAGGAAGUCAACUGCGCUGCCCAAGAGUAAGAGAAGGACCUCCUGAAGAAGAGUUGCUUCUGAGACAUGAGGAGAACACCUUGUCUCCACAGGGAAGAGUCCCUGAGAAAAUUAAAUGGAAAACAUGGCUACAGGAAAACUGGGAAGACUGUACGAAUUUGAACCUGUCAUUUCAGGAUUUGGGGGACCCUUAUCAAGUUGAAAAUUUUAAAAGAAUUCUUAGAAGACUAAUUCGAGUCAAAACCCUCUGGUUAGUGGAUAAUUCACUGGUGGAUUUAAGUGCCAUAAGAUUACCAAGCUGCAGAAUUUUAAUUAUGAACAAAAACCACCUUACAUCUUUCAAGCAAUUGCCAAAGAUACCUCAGAUACAGCAUUUGUCCUUGGCUGAAAACCACAUUGAGACAUUGACUGGGCUCUCCAGUUUACACUGUACUCCAUUGGAAUCCCUUGUGCUCAAAAGGAACCCUUGUGAGUUUCAUCAAAAUUACCGUAAAAGGUAA